CCCUUUUCCUGCCCUACCCCCAGGAACUUAACUUUCAUUUUCACUCUGCUGCUCCUGAUCCUGUGUGUGGCUCUGAGCCCUGACCACUCUUCUUCAAGGAAUCGCAGCUGACUUCUUCAUCGGUGUCUGAAGUUCUUCAGGUAACAGAAGAAAUUUAUUGCUCUGAUUCCUUCCCAGGACAGCAGCUUCUUGGUCUGGAAGCGUGUCAAUCGAUACUACCUACCCUGCCCCCAAGGUAUUGGCUUGUGUGAUCCUGCGAGUGUGUAUUACAUCUCCCUCCACACUGUCCACAUACAGACACUCCUGUCGACUCCUGUCUACAUCCUUGGCAUAUUUCUAAGCCAAGGUGAAAUCUCACCACUUAAAAACACAAAACUGUCCAGAGUCUCCCAGAUGAUCUGGAUCACUUCACUUCCAUAUCUCCCAUUGCUCUCUUUAUUAAUUGGAUCAUAAAAUUAUCUCUGUUGGUCUCUGAUUAACUUGCUGGGAUAGGAGACAGACUUCUGAAGGAUGAUCCUGAGUACAUUAGGGUCAUCCCAACUCUGUAUUGAAGGUAAAUGAUUUUUGUAAGUCGUUUACUGUCUCUGUUUAUACAUCUGGUAGAGAGCUUGCCCUGGCCCAUGUACACAAACACAUUGUCAUAUAUUCUGUCAUGCUAAUAAGAGAAAUCAUUGCAAACUUAUAGCAAGUGAUGGCAGUGGUUAUGCUGUAAAUAAGGUAGAGCAUGUCCUUCUGAUAAGAGAGCUUGUAAGGAGAGUUAAUACUGAACUGUAAGAGUGAGUCAUGCUGAUAUCCGGGGCAGCAUUCCAUGCUGAGAGAAGAGCAAGUGUGAAGGCUCAUAGGCUUAAGUUGUUUGGUGCUUCUGACAUUGAGGAUGUGUUUUUUGUAUGGGUAAGAAAAAGCAAGAUCAGUAGUGAGUCACAUAGGAUCUUGGUAGAAAAGGCCACAGGUCAUCCUUUUUGUUUAGUGAAAGUAAAGGAAAAUCACCAUCAUUGCAGAGAUAAGGAUAGAAUUUGUCAUGUCUCAUGAACCAAAACUAAAGUGCUUGAAAUUAAUAUGAAAAGUCCUUUUUAUUAGGUCACCAAGCUCCUUUCCUUGUUUCUCUACCUUUUAAUUUUUUUCCUUCAGUAGUUUGGUCUUGGCCUCUCCUUGAUUUCUACACAAUAUUAUCAUUUUGCUCCUGCCUUUCUUACUCUGCUCCCUUUUAACCUUCCCAGUCAUACAGGGAUCUGUGAACAAGAAAGGCCUCAGAAGUAAGAGCAGGUCGGAGAAGGGGCGCAGUUGCGAUGGCUUUAGAACUCUUGGCGAAUAUAAAGGAGGAAUUGACCUGCCCCAUCUGCCUGGACCUCCUGGUAGAACCUGUGAGCCCAAAAUGUGGCCACACCUUCUGCCAAGCCUGCAUCUCUGCACAGAACACAGAGUUAGAGUACCAAAAAAGGAAGAUCAUCUGCCCUGUAUGCCAAAGGGUUUAUUAUGCUGAGAAACUGCACCCUAAUCGGAGCGUGGCUAACAUAGUGGAGAAGCUCAGGCAAGUCAAGUCGAGUACAGAGGAGGAGCAGAAGAAAGAUCUCUGUGUGCGCCAUGGAGAGAAACUCCUACUUUUCUGUAAGAUGGAUGGGAAAGUCAUCUGCUGGCUCUGUGAGCGGUCUCAGGAGCACCGUGGUCACCACACCUUCCUCAUGGAGGAGGUUGCCCAGGAGUACCAGGAGAAGCUCCAGUCAGUUCUGGAGAGGCUGAGAGAGGAAGAACAGGAAGCUAAGAAGUUGGAGGCUGACUUCAGAGAAGAGAAAGCUUCCUGGAAGAUUCAAAUACAAAAUGAAAAACAAAGUGUCCAGGAAGAGUUUAAACAACUGAGAGACAUCCUGGACUCUGAGGAGAAGAAGGAGCUGGAGAAGCUGGUGAAUGAGGAGGAAGAUAUUCUCGAUGACCUGGCAGAGGCUGAGAAUAGGGUGACCCAGUACAGUGGGUCCCUGAGAGAGCUCAUCUCAGACCUGGAGAGGCGGCUGAAGGGGUCCACAAUGGAGCUGCUGCAAGAUGUGAAUCACAUCAUAAAAAGGAGUGAAACCUUGACUCUGAAGAAGCCAAAAGCCAUUCCCAAGAAACAAGGGAGAGUGUUCCAAAUGCCUGAUAUGAGAAGGAUACUGCAAAUGUUUGAUGAGCUGUUAAAUGGGCAGAGGUAAGAAGUCACAGUUACCACCAAGCCAUCAUCUUCCAGAACUGUUCGUUUUCUAGAAAUGUUGUAAGACUUGUGUUUCCCCUUCCAACACAUACUCAUAGUACGUUUCUGUGAUUUGUAUACCUCUUCUCAACAACGGAGCAAAGUUCUUGCCAGAACCCACUCAAGUUAUCCUCAAGAUGCCUCUCACAAUGUCACAAAUAAAGCUACAUCAUAUCCCUCA